AUGGUGAAAAGCUUCCCACAAAGAGCAGCAUUACACGAGCAGAACGUUAAGUGUACAGAAAAUAAUUUCAACAUCCUCUGGCCAGAUUACGAAAACUCACAACGUUAUUAUAUUUGUACAGAAAACGGCACGCAGUUAAAAAAUUUCUCGUGUCAGGAUUCACAAAAGUUCAAUUUUUACUUCCAAAAAUGUGUUGUUGAUUCAGAAUGGAUAAUGGCCCCAGACCCCGAAGAUAUUUUUAAAUUAACAGAAAAUGAGAAAAAUUGUAACAAUGGAAGUGGUUUUUGGGUAGAUGUUGGAAACGAAAACCAGUACUUUUUGUGUAUUGACGAGUACACAGCUGUGAGAAUGAAAUGUAAAGCAAACGAAAUUUUGGAUCUUGAGACUAAAUCAUGCAUGAUUAUGGGAGAAAAUUUGAAUGAAUCCAAUUUAUUUGCUCCAUCGUGUACUGCUGAUGAAUUAAAUCUUUUGUGGCCAGACCCCAUUAGUUUGGAGCAUUUUUAUCGAUGUACAAAUUUAGAGCAGUCAGUUAGGCAAUCAUGUCCUGAAAAUCAAUUAUUUGAAUUUAGAAUACAAAUGUGCUUUCCAAUAACACAUACAACUCCAACAUUACCACAAAGAGCACCAAAUUGUACAGAAGAACAAUUAGAUUUGAGAUGGCCAGAUAUAUGGAAUGAUCGAAAUUAUUUCACAUGCAGAACUAUUGGAGAAUUCAUCCUUCAUCAAUGCGCAUUUGAUCAAAUGUUCUAUUUUCCUUUACAAAUGUGCUUAAUUAAUCCAAAUGCUCCAACAACUCAAAUGACAACUAUUCGAACAACACAACCUGGCGAAACAACAGCACGAUAUCCACUCGAUCCACUUGAGUGUAAUUAUGAGGAUUUACACCUACUGUGGCCUGUGAUUGAUGAUAAACAUGGAUUUUUUGUUUGCGUUGGCUUAGCACAAAGGGAGAGACGAAGUUGCCCCCAAGUAAUGAUUUUUGUUUUUCAAAUUCAAGCAUGUAUUGAUGAUCCCAAUUUUACAACAAGAGCGACAACAUCAACGGCGAUACAAAUUUAA